AAAACUCACGCAGUGUUAAAAGCCAAGGAAUAAAAAUGGGUCUUGAGACGAGACUUAAAACAUCUCCAGUUUUAUAUACAAUCCUAUAUUAAAUAUAUUGAAGUGGAAAAACAAGGACACGGUGAGUAAAAUGUAAAAAGAAAAAAAAACCCGCUGUGACACUUGUUCAAGUCGACGAUGCUUUUAUUUUGGUAAACCCAGCCGGAUGCAGUAUUGCCGUUGACGCUAGCUUGACGUCACCGUGACCGUGUCAGAGUCAGGAAGCGAGCCGAGCCAAACCGAGCCGAGCCCGGCUACAGUUAGACACAGAGCCGGGGACACCCACGGAGCUUCAGCCUCUUUUUAACCCGCUGAUGGAGCAACAUCUGCGGAGGACCAGAACCACCGGAUGACCCCCGAGAAACACGGAUAAACGGCGCCGGAUCCAGGUGGGGGAACCUCCGGAGCUUCAACACCGGGAGGCAGCGCAGCUGUCAUCCGUGUCCCGGUGCUGCUGGGCGGCUAGACGUCAGCACGCAGCCCGGCUAGACACGCUGCGGGGAGCUAGCUUAGCAUCAACGGCUGCUCCAGAACUAACUGACAAGUUGUGUCGGAGAGCUGUAGUCACGGAGGAACCCAAAUAAAAAAUAAAAAAAAAAUAUGGAGCAGACCUGCCGUGCACACCGGGACUCGAACCUGUGACCGAGCGACCGUUACUACCCGCUGCCCGCUGCAGGUGAUUGACAGCUCGCCACAACGGCUCCUCCAGAUGUGCAGCAGCAGAAAGUGACUAGCUCCGAGCUCCGAGAGGCUAGCCGCAGCCUGCACCACUCACUGGCCGAGCACCAGGAAUGGCUGGCGGGCUGGAGGAAGCUCCUGAGCGGCCUGGAGGAAGCUCCUGAGCGGCCUGGAGGAAGCUCCUGAGCGGCCUGGAGGAAGCUCCUGAGCGGCCUGGAGGAAGCUCCUGAGCGGACUCAAGCUGCACCAACAGUCGGUGGAUUUCUUUCUGCAGCAGCUGACACGUUGCUAGCCAGCUGACUGACAUUACUGAGAGGAUCCAGACACACUAACCGGGCUGUCAACCCCUACCCCUACACACACACACACACACACACACACACACACACGCACACACACACGCAUAAGGAGUGUGUCUGCAGUGGAAGAUGAAGAGGACAGAAAAUAAAAACAAGAGGAAACUGUGUAACAUGGAGCAGCAGGAGAGCAGAGCAGCAGCAGAGAAAGAUGCGAAGGAGUUUGCUCCUCCUCCUCCGCUCCUCUUCAGGAAGCUGAGUAACCCCGACCUCUCUCCUGCUGCCUCCACCGCCGCCACCAAGUCCAAGCUGCACCGCCAGCUGAGUCAGGACGAGAGCUGGGCCCGCCGCCACAGCCUGGCCAUGACCGGUAAACAGCUGCUGCCUCUGUCCAGCAGUCUGCACACCGGGGUCAGUCAGCUGGCCUGGCAGGGGCCCCCAGGAGGCCCCGGAGGCCCCGGGGCCCCCACCGGGAUCUCUGCAGCAGGAGGAGAGGUCAACAACCUGGUCCGCAUGAGGAGCCAGACCCUGGGACAGUCUGCCCCGUCCCUCACCGGACUGAAGGAGCUGAGUCUUCCCAGGAGAGGCAGUUUCUGUCGGACGAGCAACAGGAAGAGCCUGAUUGUGACGUCCAGCACCUCCCCCACCCUGCCACGCCCUCACUCCCCCCUACACGGACACACAGGUACCAGCCCUCUGGACAGCCCUCGCAACUUCUCCCCCAACACAGCGGCUCACUUCUCCUUCGUUCCUGCUCGCAGUCACGGACACAGGGCUGACAGGACGGAUGGCCGGCGGUGGUCUCUGGCGUCCCUCCCCUCCUCUGGAUAUGGAACCAACACGCCCAGCUCCACCGUCUCUUCCUCCUGUUCAUCUCAGGAGAAGCUGCACCAGUUGCCCUUCCAGCCGACGCCGGACGAGCUUCACUUCCUCACCAAACACUUCAGCUCCGAGAGCAUCACGGACGAGGAGGGACGCCGCUCCCCCGCCAUGAGGCCCCGCUCCCGCAGCCUCAGCCCCGGGCGUUCUCCCAUCUCCUUCGACCAUGAGAUCGUCAUGAUGAACCAUGUGUACAAGGAGAGGUUCCCCAAGGCGACGGCCCAGAUGGAGGAGCGUCUGGCGGAGCUGCUGUGCUCCUCGGCCCCUGAGAAGGUGUGUCCCCUGGCCGACGGGGUCCUGAGCUUCAUCCACCACCAGCUGACGGAGCUGUCCAGAGACUGCCUGGAGAAGAGCCGCGAGGGCCUCAUCACCUCCCGCUACUUCUACGAGCUGCAGGAGAACCUGGAGAAGCUGCUGCAGGAUGCUCACGAGCGCUCAGAGAGCGUGGAGGUGACCUUCGUCACUCAGCUGGUGAGGAAGCUGAUGAUCAUCAUCGCUCGGCCAGCCAGGCUGCUGGAGUGUCUGGAGUUUGACCCUGAGGAGUUCUACCACCUGCUGGAGGCAGCAGAGGGCCAUGCUAAGGAGGGUCAGGGCAUCAAGUGUGACAUCCCCCGAUACAUCAUCAGCCAGCUGGGGCUCACCAGGGACCCUCUGGAGGAAAUGGCCCAGCUGAGCAGCUAUGACAGCGGGAACCCAGAAACCCCCGAAACUGACGACUCAGUGGAUGGUCGAGGCUCCAGCGCUCCUGCUGCUCCUCCUCAGACUAAAACCAAAACUCCCAGAGAGGAGGACUUCGAGAACAUCAAGCUGAUCAGUAACGGAGCCUACGGCGCCGUGUUUCUGGUGCGCCACAAAGAGACGCGUCAGCGUUUCGCCAUGAAGAAGAUCAACAAGCAGAACCUGAUCCUGAGGAACCAGAUCCAGCAGGCCUUCGUGGAGAGAGACAUCCUCACGUUUGCUGAGAACCCCUUCGUGGUGUCCAUGUUCUGCUCCUUCGAGACCAGGAGACACCUCUGCAUGGUGAUGGAGUACGUGGAGGGCGGAGACUGCGCCACGCUUCUGAAGAACAUCGGAGCUCUGCCGGUGGAUAUGGCUCGCAUGUACUUUGCAGAAACCGUCCUGGCCUUAGAGUAUCUGCACAACUACGGCAUCGUGCACCGAGACCUCAAACCUGACAAUCUUCUCAUCACCUCCAUGGGACACAUCAAGCUGACAGACUUCGGCCUGUCAAAGAUCGGUUUGAUGAGUCUGACCACUAAUCUGUAUGAAGGACACAUCGAGAAAGACACCAGAGAGUUCCUGGAUAAACAGGUGUGUGGGACUCCGGAGUACAUCGCCCCGGAGGUGAUCCUGCGUCAGGGCUACGGGAAGCCGGUGGACUGGUGGGCCAUGGGGGUCAUCCUCUACGAGUUCCUGGUGGGCUGCGCUCCGUUCUUCGGGGACACUCCGGAGGAACUGUUCGGACAGGUCAUCAGUGAUGAGAUCAUCUGGCCGGAGGAGGAUGAAGCUCUGCCUCUGGAGGCUCAGGACCUGAUCUGUAAACUACUGAGACAGAAUCCUCUGGAGAGACUGGGCACAGGAAGUGCCUUUGAGGUGAAGCAGCACCAGUUCUUCACAGAGCUGGACUGGAACAGUCUGCUGAGGCAGAAGGCCGAGUUCAUCCCUCAGCUGGAGUCAGAGGACGACACCAGCUACUUCGACACUCGCUCUGACCGCUACCACCACGUGGACUCUGAGGAAGAGGACGACACCAACGAUGAAGAACACGUGGAGAUCAGACAGUUCUCCUCCUGCUCGCCUCGAUUCAGCAAGGUGUACAGCAGCAUGGAGCGUCUGUCUCUCCACGAGGAGAAGAGGACUCCUCCUCCCACCAAGAGGAGUCUCAGUGAGGAGGGAGGAGACCGCCUGGACAGUCUGAGUGGACUGAAGACCAGAGACCGGUCCUGGCUGGUCGGCUCCCCGGAGAUUCUGAGGAAGCGUCUGUCCGUCUCCGAGUCGUCCCACACGGAGAGCGACUCCAGUCCUCCUCUGACGGUCCGGAGGCGCUGCUGCUCCGCCAUCAUCGAGAUGCCUCGCUUCGCCAUCUCCUCCGAGGAGGAGGGAGGCCAAGGAGCCGCUGGGAGCCGUAAGAGCCCCAGCCUGUUGGGUCCGGGGGCCGUGAGGGGCCCGCGGUCUGACGAGCUGCCCCUCGCCAUCCCAGAGCUCCCAGUGGAGAGAGAGCUGAAGCUGGACGAGUCUCCCAGUACUCCCAGUUCUACCAGCAGCAGCCAGCUGAGCAGAGCUACACUCACACCCGGUAGUUCAGGUGACGUGUGUGAUCGUGGUCACCGUGGAAACGGCGGUGGGAACGGGAAAGCUGCAGGAGACAACGAGUCUCCGUCGACCCCGAGAGCCAUCAGCGACCUGGCGGCUCGCCGGGCUCGCCACCGCCUGCUGUCAGGAGACGCCGACAAACAGGCCACGCCCUCCUCCAGACCGCUCAACAAGGUCAUCAAGUCGGCCUCCGCCACCACGCUGUCACUCAUGAUCCCUGCAGACCACCACGGAGCGUCCCCGUUGGCCAGCCCCAUGUCCCCCCACUCUCUGUCCUCCAACCCGUCUUCCCGGGACUCGUCUCCUAGUCGGGACCUGUCCCCCGCCGUCACCAGCGUCAAGCCGGCCAUCGUGAUCCACCGAUCAGGGAAGAAGUACGGCUUCACCCUCAGAGCCAUCAGGGUCUACAUGGGGGACUCAGACAUCUACACGGUGCACCACAUGGUCUGGCAUGUGGAGGAGGGGGGUCCGGCCCAUGAAGCCGGUCUGAGGGAGGGGGAUCUGAUCACUCAGGUUAACGGAGAACCGGUUCACGGUCUGGUUCACACUGAGGUGGUGGAGCUCAUCCUGAAGAGCGGAGCGAAGGUGUCGAUCGCUGCCACGCCGUUCGAGAACACGUCCAUCAAGGUCGGCCCCGCCCGAAAAACGGGACACAAGUCCAAGAUGGCGAGACGCAACAAGAAGACCAAGACCAAGGAGGGACAGGACAGUAAGAAGAGGACGUCUCUGUUCAGGAAGAUCACCAAACAGGCGUCUCUGCUGCACACCAGCCGCUCCCUGUCCUCUCUGAACCGGUCUCUGUCCUCGGGGGAGAGUGGACCAGGAUCUCCCACCCACAACCUGUCCCCCCGCAGCCCCACGCAGGGCUACCGCUCCACGCCAGACUCCGCCCACUCAGUGGGAGGGAACUCUUCCCAGAGCAGCUCUCCCAGCUCCAGCGUUCCCAACUCUCCGGCCAGUUCCGGUCACAUCCGUCCCAGUUCCCUGCACGGCCUCGCCCCCAAGCUGCAGCGCCAGUACCGCUCGCCACGCCGCAAGUCAGCCGGGAACAUCCCUCUGUCGCCGCUGGCCCGCACGCCCUCCCCCACGCCGCAGAGCAGCUCGCCGCAGCGCUCGCCCUCGCCGCUGCCCGGCCACGCCCACGGCCCGGCCGCCGCCGCCGGGGGGGGGCAGUCCUUCCCCGUCAAGCUGCACUCCUCCCCCCCGCUGGCCCGCCAGAUCUCCAGACCCAAGAGCGCCGAGCCGCCUCGCUCCCCGCUCCUCAAGAGGGUCCAGUCGGCCGAGAAGCUCGCCUCCUCGCUCUCCGGCUCGCCGUCGUCUCCGGCGGGCGUGGCGGCGGGCGGAGCGGCCGGCGGCAGCAGGAAACACAGUCUGGACAUCUCACACUCUGAGUUCAAGAAGGAGAUCCUGCAGAGAGAACCCAGUCUGCAGAGCCUCCAGGAGUCGGCCAGCGAGGGCCUCCUGUCCUCGGCGGGCCGCGGCGUGGAGAAAGGCAGCCUGCAGAAACACUCGUCCUCCUCCAGGAAGCUGGGGCGGCAGGAGGGGGACGGGGCCCUGGGGCCGGUGCCGGGGUCCCUGGGUCUGGCCCCCGGGAAGAGCAAGCUGAAGGACAAGCUGUCUGCGAUCCGCCAGGACCGGGCCGAGCGCCGCGAGUCCCUGCAGAAACAGGACGCCAUCCACGAGGUGGACUCCUCCGAGGACGAGACGGACGAGGGCUCCGAGGACAGCCAGGACGGGCGCCGCGGGGCCACCUUCACCCCGCCCCCCCUGCUGAGGCCCACCACGGUGAGGACGGGCCCCGGGGGGACGCUGCCCUCCCUCUGCCUGUCCCCCUGCACCCCCCACGCCACCUUCAGCCACACGGGGCCCCCACAGGCCGGACGGGCCCCCGCCACAGACACCAGGACCCCCUCCUCCCUGAGGUCCUCCUCUGUAGAAGACAGAGCAGAGAGGAAGGUCCUGGAGCCCAGCGGGGCCUCCAGACCCUCCCAGGGGCCCCUCCCCUUCUCCACCCCCGGCAGUGCGUUCAUCUCCGUCAGCAAGGACACCUUCCUCAAGCCCACGCCUCCCAGAGACCCGCCCAGGAAACCUGCACCGCUAGAGGACCGGACCCCCGACGGCUCCGGGGCCUCGGGGCCCUCCACCACAGACUCCAGGAGCACGGAGGGCCCGGAGCCCCGCGCCUCCUGCUCCUCCCCCAGCAUCCCCAAGGAGAAGAAGGAGGCGGACAACCGGAGGCUGUGUGCCGCCGCCGCUGCCAGCUUCAGCGGGGCCCCCUCCCCCUCCUCCGGACCCAGCUCCGGGUCCAGCUCCCCGGCCCCGGCCCCGGCCCCCGAGAGCGCCGUGGACAAAGUGGUGUCCCAGCUGGCCACCGUAGCUAAGAGCGUCCUGGGUCCCGUCAAGCUGAGCAGCGCUGGAGACAAGAGCCAGAAGGAGCAGAGACCCUCUAGAGGAGGAACACCUGAAGUCCCAAUAACUGGGCCCCUCUCCUUUCUCUCCAAGGCCCCCCAGGCCCCUCAGGGCCCCCUCACAGAGUCCCAGACCAGACAGAAACCUGAGCAAGUUGCCUCCCCGACGCCAUCACAGAGGACGACCAAACCCUCGGCGCAGAAAGACUCCACGCCGUCUCCCUGCACGGACGUCCCAGCCCGGCCCCUGUCAGGACCCCCAUCAGGGCCCAUAUCAGGACCGCCACCAGGGCCCCCAUCAGGGCCCCCACCAGGGCCCCCGUCAGCUGCUCCGCCUGCCCCUGCUCAGCAUCUCGGUGCAGCAGCAGCCGCUCCGCCAGCCCCCAACACAAGCCCCGCCCCCCCUGCAGUAUCUGAGCCACAGCGUAAGAGAUCCAAACCCCAGACGACGACCAGCGCCGGGCCUGGCCCCGCCUCCUCAUCUGGCCCCGCCUCCUCAUCUGGCCCCGCCUCCUCAUCUGGCCCCGCCUCCUCACCACCAGACAAAGCAGCCAGUAAGAAGACGUAG